CACUGAAAGUCUGAAACGAAGGUGGCGCGGCCGGGACAAACCUGACCCUUCGACAGCCCCAGCCCCGCGCCCGCCCUCGCUCGGAGGGGAGGAGCGACGGCCACAAUGGAUCCUCCCGCAGGCUUUGUGCGCGCUCGGAAUCCAGCUGUCGCCGCCCCGCAGAGCCCCCUGUCCCCGGAGGGCGCUCAUUUCCGGGCCGCCCACCACCCGCGUAGCACAGGCUAGCUGCUGUCCCGGCAGAGCCUCCAGCCGUCCCGCCCGCUCCGUGGCCACCUGGCUCCAGUCACUCCCCGAAAUGCCAGUCGACUUCACCGGGUACUGGAAGAUGCUGGCCAACGAGAAUUUCGAGGACUACCUGCGCGCGCUCGACGUCAACGUUGCCUUGCGCAAAAUAGCCAACUUGCUGAAGCCAGACAAAGAGAUUGUGCAGGACGGUGACCAUAUGAUCAUCCGCACGCUGAGCACUUUUAGGAACUACAUCAUGGACUUCCAGGUUGGGAAGGAGUUUGAGGAGGAUCUGACAGGCAUUGAUGACCGCAAGUGCAUGACAACGGUAAGCUGGGACGGAGACAAACUCCAGUGCGUGCAGAAGGGCGAGAAGGAGGGGCGUGGCUGGACCCAGUGGAUCGAGGGUGACGAGCUGCACCUGGAGAUGAGAGUGGAGGGUGUGGUCUGCAAGCAAGUAUUCAAGAAGGUGCAGUGAGGCCCAGGAAGACAAUUUUGUCCCAAGGAAUGAGCAGUGUGGAUGUGGGCCAGCAUCUCCCUCUUCGCACAGCAUGAGGCAAAUGUCCAGCCACCCCCAGGCAUCUGUUAGCAGAGUCUGUCUCUUGCCUUUGUCUCUUUUCCUUUUCUUAAAACAAAGCCAUGCCAAUAAAGUGAUCUCUGUUCAAGA